AUGCACGUGUGGGCAGAGGAGAUAUGGAGAGAGGCGGUGUGUAUGUAUGUGUGUGUGUGUGUGUCAGGGCAAAAUAAUGCCUCUUCUAAGAACUAGAGGAAGGAAAUGAGAGCAGGAAUGGCACGCAGGCUUAACUCUGGCCAGCUGACUGGUGCUGGAGCCAGGUAGAAUUUACAAUGCACACACACUUCCCCAAUUAUGAUAUAAAUGAACUAUAAUAUAUUUUUAAACACACACAUACAAAGAUGUAGGAUCUUAAGUUGAUCAGGAAAAAAUAGAUGAGCUUCAUGAUUGACAUAAAAAAUUCACUGAAAACAAACACUAACACACGGUUAUAUUAACAGUAUUGCACUUUUCAUGUAGCCUAAUUUUGGCCAGCUAAUAGCCUAACCACUGAUCAAGCAACAUUAUGGACUAAAUGUUCAAAUCCUGUUGCUGCAGGAUUAUUUUGCUGGGACAACACUGGUCAAAUUAAGAUCCUACAUCUGUACAGUACACGCACGCGCGUGCGUAUGCACACACACACACACACAACAGAAGGUGCAGAGGAGAUAAUUGUGUGUAAGGUCAAGGGUAAUUUUGAUCUAGGAUAGGCAAUAGGUCUUUCUAUUGUCAGUGCCACUAGGGCACGUGCGUGUUAAUAUUCACUCAGAUAGCAAUGACGACCUUGGUCCUCAGGCUACAGUCUGGCAUUCCUGGGCCCUCACAUUUCUGAGGUCCUGAUACAUUAGUGUUUGUUGGAUGCUGUUCUUGGCCCUCUCCUCUAUCAUCUGCCUUGCGUUGGCAAAACCUGACCGCACAUCUAUUUCUGGCCCUUUUAAAAUAACUGAAUGGAGUGUUGUGGUGGGUUGUUGUGUUCUACCUCAAGGUUAAUAUGGGGAAAGCACAGUCACCGGGAUGGAAUUUGUAACGUGCGUGUGUGUGUUACUUUCUCACUGACUAAUUAGCCCAUUACAUCAUCAUUAAGUGUGCUUCUUGACUCCAUGUAACAGCUGACAGCAGUCUGGCCUGGGGUCUACAGUACAACAUGUCCCUGAUGUUAUCUCAUGACAUUAAGGAUACAUUCACUAUAUUGUAUGUCACUUCAGUCACUGGUGCUCAGCUGUCAAAAACUAUUUUAUAGAAAUAUGAAAAUUAGAUUUCCUUUGGUCAAUAGCUAACCUAAAAUGCCUCUCUCUCUCUCUCUCUCUCUCUCUCUCUCUCUCUCUCUCUCUCUCUCUCUCUCUCUCUCUCUCUCUCUCUCUCUCUCUCUCUCUCUCUCUCUCUCUCUCUCUCUCUCUCUCUCUCUCUCUCUCUCUCUCUCUCUCUUUCUCCCUCUCUCUCUCUGUGUAGCUGGCUGACUUUGGCCUGUCCAACCACUUUAAGAAGGACAAUUUGCUCCAGACGUACUGUGGGAGUCCUCUCUACGCCUCCCCAGAGAUAGUCAAGGGACUGCCCUAUCACGGCCCAGAGGUGAGAGGACAACACACACACACACACACACACACACACACACACACACACACACACACACACACACACACACACACACACACACCCUCUUACUUACAAUGUUUCCCUGUGUUUCUCCUGGGCGUGUGUGUGUCAGGUGGAUUGCUGGGCCAUGGGAGUCUUGCUGUAUGCGUUGGUGUACGGCAGUAUGCCGUUUGACGGGGCCAGCUACAGAGUGCUCACAGAGCAGAUCAGCCAGGGACGGUACAGCAGACCAAUCCCUCCCUCAGGUAAGCCUACACAUCACCUGCAGCCUCACAAUGAACUGUAAACCUGUUAGUCCAUGACUGUCCUGUAAACCCUGGUGUUUGUACUGACGCCCUGUCUGUGUCUGUACCCUGCACACAGAUGCCUGUGCCCUGAUUGACUGGCUACUGACAGUGCGUGUAGAGGAGAGGGCCACGGUGGAGGACAUAGCCAAGCACUGGUGGGUCAACUGGGGCUACGAGGACAGUGUGUGUGACUGCCCCUCAUCCCCCCACCAGGACUGCCCCUCCCCGCUGCUCGCCCGCUACAUCGACUGGCAGAACCGGGUUGCCACGGCAACCAGUUGCCCGAACUCUGACCCUUCUCCUCACCCUCACCCGUUCUACUUCAGCUUCCCCCUGAAGGGUGAUCGCGGGGGAGGGAGGAGGUCGAGGGGGGAGAGGUCAAGUUUAAGGAAGUCGCGUAAGGAGAAUGCUAUCCCCCAGAGUGCACUGGGAGCAUGUAGUCCAGUUUGCACUAUAACUGCCAUCAACACCACCACUGCCGCCUCCAUUUCCUCUUCCUCCAUAGGCCAGGUCGAGAGGAAGAAACCAAAGGGGAUUCUGAAACCCCAGCGGAGCUUUGAUUCAGCCUUCCUGCCCCCUCCUAGGGUGAUGGGGGAGAACUCCUCAUCCUCCCAGCCAUGCAACCUGCCUCCCCAGCCCCACAGAGCUCACACACACACUCACUCUCACACACACUCACACAGUGAUGAUCUGUCCACAAGCCUGCCUGCCCCCUCUACGUUCUCCCAUUCCUCCUCCAAGAUGCCCAAAAAGGGGAUCCUAAAGAACCUGUAUGGGGGGGAGUCAGGGUACUGCUCAUCCCCAGAGAGAGGGAUGUCUGGAGCGGGCACAGGAGUAGGAGUUAGAGGGGUUGAUGGAGAUAUGUGCUGCUCUUACGAGCCCCACUCCCGCCCCCCCAGCUCAGAGGACAGUCCAACGAUGCGGACGGAAGCAGUGCGGAGGAGGAAAGGCAUCCUAAAGCGCAACGGCAAGUUCUCACGCAGCCUGGACCUCCCUGACACCCUUCAUCCCUCCUUAUCCUCAGCUCUGGCUCAUUUCCCUGAGGCCCUGCAGCAGCUCCACCAGGCCUCCGGGGGCAGUAGGCCCCCCAGCGUGGUGAGCGAGGACAGCCUCCUCUCCUCCGAUUCUUUCGAUCUGCUGGACCUCAGCGCCCAAUCACGUCGCAGGAUCUUCUCCCGGGGCGCCCAACGCAGUGCCUGCAGCUCAGAGGAGGAACUUGAGGACCCG